AUGGCCGCUGUUGCAGCUCAAAUCUCUAAGAAGAGAAAGGUCGCCGAUGGUGUUUUCUACGCCGAAUUGAACGAAUUCUUCACUCGUGAACUUGCUGAAGACGGUUAUGCUGGUGUUGAGGUUCGUGUAACACCUGCCCGUACCGAAAUCAUCAUCCGUGCUACUCACACCCAAAAUGUUCUUGGUGAAAAAGGUCGUCGUAUUCGUGAAUUGACCACACUUGUUCAAAAGCGUUUCAAAUUCCCCGAGGGCGCUGUUGAACUCUAUGCUGAACGUGUUCAAAACCGUGGUCUUUGUGCCAUUGCUCAAUGUGAAUCCGUCAAGUUCAAGCUUCUUAACGGUUUGGCUGUCCGUCGUGCUGCCUAUGGUGUCAUUCGUUUCGUUAUGGAAUCAGGUGCUAAGGGUUGUGAAGUUGUUGUUUCUGGUAAGGUUCGUGCUGCUCGUGCCAAGGCCAUGAAGUUCUCCCAAGGCUUCAUGAUCCAUUCUGGUAACCCUGCUCGUGAAUUCAUUACCACUGCCGUUCGUCACGUUGAUUUGCGUCAAGGUGUCUUGGGUAUCAAGGUUAAGAUUAUGUUGGAUAAUGACCCCACUGGUCGUAAUGGCCCCAAGCAAACCUUACCUGAUAUUGUCACCAUCCUUGAACCCAAGGAUGAUACUCCUAUCCUUGAACCCUCUGCUCAAGAUUUCAGACCUGCUCCUGCUGCCCCUGUCGCUGCUGCUGAGCAACCCGUUGAAGCUUAA